GUGACAUGGAUACUGCUACUUACAUCACUGCCCAUAGCCGACAUCAUUAAUCGAUCAUGGCUGUCUUUCCUGCUGAGCCAGGGCUUGGGUUCUGCUCAUUAUGCUUUAGGCACUCACCACCAGCUGAGUGGAAUGGGCACAGCAGCUGGAACCAGUGUGCCAUUUCUGGCCUUCUUCACCUGUUGAAUGAAUGGAUUCUUGAUGGGAGACUGCUGCCCCAAAGAGUGGCAGCUGCUGGACAGCAUUCACCCUAGAGUGGCUUCACAGAGAAGUGAUGACCUAAUUUUUUGUUUUGCUGCAGGAAUAUCCUGGGAUCUCUCUAUCUGUCAGCAGCCAAGGUGUUUGUAGGAAUUCAAAGAAAACAGAAUUUAAGAAGUGCAACAUGGCCAGGGGCUGCCUCUGCUGCUUGAAGUACAUGAUGUUCCUCUUCAAUUUGAUAUUCUGGCUCUGUGGCUGUGGGCUGCUUGGAGUGGGCAUUUGGCUCUCCGUGUCCCAAGGCAACUUUGCCACCUUCUCCCCCAGCUUUCCUUCGCUGUCUGCAGCCAACCUAGUCAUCGCCAUCGGAACCAUUGUCAUGGUGACGGGCUUCCUGGGCUGCCUGGGGGCCAUCAAGGAAAACAAGUGCCUCCUCCUCAGUUUUUUCAUCGUCCUGUUGAUCAUCCUCCUAGCAGAGCUGAUCUUACUUAUCCUCUUCUUUGUCUACAUGGACAAGGUAAACGAGAACGCCAAGAAGGACUUGAAAGAAGGCCUGCUGCUGUACAACACGGAGAACAACGUGGGGCUGAAGAAUGCCUGGAACAUCAUCCAGGCCGAGAUGCGCUGCUGUGGUGUCACCGACUACACAGACUGGUACCCGGUGCUGGGCGAGAACACGGUCCCCGACCGCUGCUGCAUGGAGAACUCCCAGGGCUGUGGACGCAACAGCACCACCCCGCUGUGGAGAACGGGCUGCUAUGAAAAGGUGAAGAUGUGGUUUGAUGACAACAAGCACGUGCUCGGCACGGUGGGGAUGUGCAUCCUUAUCAUGCAGAUUCUGGGCAUGGCCUUCUCCAUGACCCUCUUCCAGCACAUCCACCGGACUGGUAAAAAGUAUGACGCCUGAGCGGCCGGCGGGAGCCCAGCCCCCACACGGACACUGUGCCAGGGAAGGAGAUUUGAGCUUUGUGUUGCCUGCCCGCACUCCAGACUGCUGACCCCUGCCCC